UCUCGAGAGUCCAGACGAAAAGAGAUCAGAGAUCACGCGGCCACGCGGGGACCGAACGGCGCCGCCGAUUUCCCACCGACCUCCAUGAUUGGCGGCAGCGGCGGGGGACGAGACCGCGAGUCCAACCCAGACGCCUCGACGGCGCUGCCCGUCCCGGGGCCCUGCGCCUCGACGCAGCGGGCGCUAGCCGAGUGCCACCGCCGCGCCGCCCGCGGGCCGAUGCUGCCAGAGGUGCUGUGCCGGCACCUCAACCGGGCGCUGGCGGAGUGCGUCGUGACCCUGUGCUGCCCCGACGAGAUCGAGGCCGUCCGCACCCUCUGCGGCAGCGCCGGCACCGAGCUCAAGCGCACGCAGUGCCAGCGGGCGCGGAUCGAUCUCUCCCUCUGCCUCGAGGCACAUCAAUAGCCCUGAUCUAUCUGGGCUAUCUUAUCCGGUAAAGGCAUACAGCGAUUCCCUUUGAUGAUCAAACAUUGUAGAAUGUAAUCUUGUCAUGGAACAUUGGAGCCCAACCAAUUCUGUAUACAAAACUGUACAUUAGAGUUUAGAGAUUACUCUGAAUGAAACAUUAGAGAUGCAGCUUCGAUGUGAAAUUCAUGGUAUGAUCUUGAGUAUCCAGUUGUAUUCUUGGAAAGAGGUCAUGAAUUGAAAUUUGCUUGCUAUGGAUUUAGAACAGUGUAAAGCAACUUCAAGCAAA